AUGUCUGUUGCUUCAGAGCCGUCUUUGGCAGUGGGUCCAACCACAGCUCAAGUGGCUCCUGCGCCACCUCCUGUGCCCGUCUUCUCUGUUUGGGACUCCACGGGUGGUGAGACCGCCGACGUGUUACUCCGCUGGCAUCGCAGCUUGCCGGAGCUGCCUGAGGAUGACGAGCCUCUGUGCAUCUUACAACUCCGCCUGGUGGGCCCUGAGGGCGGCCAGGGAAAGGAGCUGGAGUUCUUGGAAGCGCGGCUGCAGAAGCAUCACCUGCAGCCCCCUCUGGCAGCAUGGACCCCCUCUCAGCUGGAGAGGCUCAUGGCCGUAAUGGCGGAGCAGCGUCGCGGUGCUCCCCCCAACCACGACGAGGUGCGGCUGCGCCGGGCACCAGGUCGCCUGGUCAUCGACGUCCACUUCAGGAGUCAGGUCGACUACGGAGGAACCGGAAUCUCCUUGAGCGGCUGCGUCGUCGAAAUCCUCAAUGCCUACUCGUCCGGCAGAUCUGCCCGCAGCGACACUCUGGAGGUGCUCAGGGCCGUCGCGGCGGCGCAGGCGCUGCACACGAAGGCUAUCGACGAGAGCCGGGUUUCCAUGGAGGGGCUCCAAAGCGAGAUGGACCGGCUGGAAGGGGAAUGGACCAAGGCCUGCGCAAGUGCGAAGAAGCGGCACCGUGGUCUUCUGCAGCGGUUUGCGCUCGUCUUGCAGGCCAAGAUUGACAAGGAGCGGAAACUUCAUGAAGAAAUCCAGGUGCGCCGGUGGAACCAGCAGGGCGCUGUCGCUGCCGCUGCAGCUCCCACACCAGCAGCUGCAGAGGAGCCCAUGGAGGUCCGCGGGCGUGGUCGCAGAGGGCGUGGUGGAGGAGGAGGGCGCCGUGGAAGGGGACGAGGGGCGGCAGCUGUGCUGGAAGGGGAGCGGUCACGGAGCCCCAGAGGAGACAAGCGCCCGUGGGACGAGGUGGAUGAUGCACCCAUUGCACCCGCGGCGCCGGGCAGCCCGGCUGGCCGCGCUGCGGGUACGCUACCCGUUGGCACUGUCACGCAGGGCCUCAUGAUGCCGCCUCCCACAGUGACGUCUGCCAUGCCUCCAACGAUGAGCCUGUUCGACCCGCCUUCGGAUGAGGAGCCUGUCCCAGCGAGGGACUUGACCGUGGCCGCCCCCGCCUCUGCUCCUUUGCCAAGGAAGCCCGAGGAGCCCGCCUUGCCGAAGGGGCCUCCACGCCCCGCGGGUGUGAGCACGACCGAUGAUCUGUUCUUCAGCGACGGGGACCAUUUUGAGGCUCUGUUCUCCGUUGAGCCCAAUUUACGUACUCCUAUUUGUGCUAACACUCUCCGCACCUCAGCCCGGCUGAGCUUGAAGACUGUUAGCCAUACAUUCUUUCAGGUGUCCUUUGAGGAGCUCUCCAUAACUUCAACAUGA